AUGCGCACAGCUGAGGCGCGCGCGGACGCCGUGCAAAGCAACUUGCAGGAGCACCUCGCGUGGGCCCAACAGGCCCCCACGGACGCGCUGCAACAGUGUCUGAACUCGCAUGUCAUUAGUGCCUAUUUGGACCGUCGCGCAGCCUGUAAACACGCCGUCGACGACCAGACAGCAGCAGACAAAGAGAAUUGUCUCGAGACGAUUCAGCGAGGACGUGACGCACUGCAGAAGUUCCAAGCGCUGCGGGCGCGAUCAAGAGCGUCGACGAAGCUGACGGUGGUGCCGACGCCACGAAUUGCUCUGGGAACGAUUCCAGUCGUCACUUGUGGUCGUCGUGCGUCGAAAGUUGCUGCACAAACGACAGCCAGUCCCUCGACGGAUGGCUAUCGCAACGAGCAUGGAAGAGUUGGAGCAGCAAGUGAGCCUCGGCCAGUGACAGACUUCGAGACUACUGCUGCCGUAUCCAACGCGGUUGUGGACCUCACGCAGUCGACUGUGACAGCGCCACCGGUCGCUCGAGCUGGUCCAGGCAAGACGACGUACCAGAACAGUGGACCAGAACGACAUGGAGAUAGCACUAGAGUGCAGCAGAUGUCGUACUCAGCAAUCGACGAGGAGGAUGUGGAUCGUUUGUUUGGUGAUGUGGACGUGGACGUGCUGGUUGCUAAUCACCAGCGCGCCCAAGAACAAAGUGAUCGCCGAACCGUCUCGAUGACGUCGAAUGAAUACUUGACGCCAUCUGGUUCUUCUUCGGUACCGAUCGCUGCAUCUCCGGAGUCUGCUACAGUCGAAGUGGCUGAUGAGUUGCGUGAGUUGAUUAAACGAACGCGCGAGUGUCUUCGCAAAGCUCGCGAGGAGUGCGAUGACGCAUCCCUGGAAGGAGACGUGCCAGAAUAUAUGCAGCGACGUCGUGUAGCGCUGGAACAAAAGUUGGAGCUACUGAGUAAGCGGUACAGGGAGUGCAAAGGCACGGCGAACGCAUCGCCGGGCAGCCAAAGUGUGCCUCCUGCUCAGCCUUUGCCCCGAAACGUGCCAGUUCCACACACGUACGACAGUAGAGCUGACGCAUCGAGCAAAGCUCCAACGUGCUCGUGCGGCAUGUCAACUAUAGAAGCGCGGGUGCAGCACGGAUCAAACGCGAAUCGACUGUAUUACCGUUGCAGUACGUGCGGAUUCAAUUCUUGGGUGGACGGUGAAUGUGGGACUAGCCAUGGGCGUUACAACGAUGGGGAGACCCGAACUCGUUCGAUCGUGGUAGAGCAGCCCUGCGUCUCUAGCGAUCCAGCUGUGACUUCGAACAUGCAGCGGGCGAAGCGAGUGCUCCGCGACAUUUUCGGCCACAAUGCGUUUCGGCCGAAUCAGGAACGGACAGUCAUGGAGGCGUUCAGUGGCCGAGAUGUGUUCGUUUUGAUGCCUACAGGAGGCGGCAAAAGCCUCUGCUUCCAAUUGCCUGCGUGCAUCAAUGAUGGCGUUACCAUUGUCGUGUCUCCUUUAGUAUCGCUGAUCCAAGACCAAGUGCAACAGCUGGAGGCUCUUGACGUGGGUGUAGCGAACCUGAAUGGCGACCAGGACUACGACAGCGUGCAACGACCAAUCAUCUCGCAGCUCUUCUCAAGCCGCAUUACGAUAAAGAUGCUAUACGUUACCCCGGAGAAGAUCGCGUCGAGCAAUCUGCUCAACAACGUGUUUGAGUCGCUCGAGAAACGCGGACUGCUGGCUCGAUUCGUGAUCGACGAGGCACACUGCAUUAGUCAAUGGGGCCACGAUUUUAGGAAAGACUAUAUGAAUCUAGGAACGUUGCGAUCCAAAUUCCCGUCGGUGCCCAUUAUGGCGCUGACGGCUACAGCAAACACACAGACGGAGGCCGAUAUUGUCAAGAAUUUGAAGCUGAGGAACCCGUUCAUCACUCGGUCGAGCUUCAAUCGGCACAAUUUGACGUACGACGUACGCAAGAAGAGCCCCAAAUUCAUGAGUGAGAUUGCAGAUUACGUUCGGAAGCACAUCGAUGACUCUGGGAUCAUCUAUUGCUUGUCCAAAAAGGAUUGCGAACAAACAGCAGAGAAGCUGAUCAAAGCGUUGGGGUUCGAGAACACGCGCAAAGCCAGUCAGAUCUCGUUUUACCACGCAGGACUGGAACCAGACGACCGUGCGUUUCGCCAUCACGAGUGGAGCAAAGGCAAGAUCAAGCUUAUUUGCGCCACUAUAGCCUUCGGGAUGGGGAUCAACAAACCGGACGUGCGCUACGUUAUUCACCACACGAUUCCUCAGUCCGUGACGCACUACUACCAGGAGGCUGGCCGAGCCGGGAGAGAUGGCGAAACGGCGAACUGCAUCCUCUACUAUUCCUUUUUGGAUUUGACCCGACGUCGCAAACUGAUUACGAAAGACCGCGAAAACGCGCAGCACCGCAACGUUCAUCUGCAGAACCUUCGACGUAUGACCGAGUUUUGCGAGAACCAAGUCGAAUGUCGACGAACGUCUCUUCUCGAGUAUUUUGGCGAGCAUUUUUCGAGUGAGCAAUGUCAUGGAACGUGCGAUAACUGCAAAAACAAGGCUUUGGGAAUGACGUUUGAGAAGUCAGACGUGACUGAAGACUGCGUGUUGCUGGCCGAAAUGAUCAAAACGCUUCACGAAGCCGGCGAUCCCACGACGAUUGUACAAGUAGCUCAAAUAUUCCUCGGCCUGGUGGUGAAGGGCAAAGAAUGGAAGCAAGACCAGUUCUCACAGCUCAGAGGGUUCGGUAAAGGCAAGGGCCGCUACUCGCGUAGUGAGGUGGAGCGCAUACUAUAUCACAUGAUCCUGCGGCAGUAUCUGCGCGAAGUGGAUCAAACAAACGCGAAAGGCUUCACUACGACGUUCUUGUCGCUAGGAUAUAACGCAAACCGACUCAAUCGUGGCGAACGGGUUCGCAUUGUGUGCAAGACAAAACACCAACCGCGUGCGUCUGCUAGCGACGGUAUUCCGCAAGAGGGAGCCAAGACGUCCAAGAAAAAAGCACCCAAAAAGGCUGCUGCGACGAAAAAGUCAGCGACAGCAGAUAAAACACGAAAGACGGCGAAGAAGCGGAGGAAAGCGCAUGCGAAGGAAGCUGUUGAGGAGUUGAGUGAUGACUAUGACGACGACGAUGCAGUGGGUGUAGUCGCGCCAACGCCAACUACGAUCGAGUAUCCGCUCAUUCCAGAGAGCGCGUCGUCUAGGAGAAUACCUGAACAACACGUUGAGACACUGGCGCGAAUGCUCAAGGAUUGGCGUGCGAGCGUGUGCGAUAGCGAGAACGUCAUGCCGUACCACAUUCUCACGACUGCAGGCAUUGCGUCGAUUGCGAAUUCGGUUCCCGUUUCGAACGCAGAGCUUCUGAAGAUCGACGGUAUUGGACGCAUUCGCGUGAAGAAGUAUGGCGAAGCGAUCAUCGGGAUCGUCAAGAACCAUCUCGAAAAGCACAACCUGGUACCGACUCCAAUGCCGACAUCGCGCUCAAACAGCGUGCUGGACAGCAUUGACGCAAUGGACUCUGACGUCGAGAUUGUCGAGGCGCCUCCGAUUCCGAAGUCGUCCCCAUUUUUUCAGGGAAAGGGAAAUGCCGCAACGGCAGUGACGUCUGCCCGGCCUAGCAGCGAUACAAGCUGUGCUGUGAUCGACGUUGGUGACAGCCUCAACGAUAUCGAUUGGGAUGCGUGGGACGCGGACGUGUUGAGCCAAAACGCGAGUUCAGGAGCGACGAGUGCUAGUCGCAAACGGUCAAUAGGCGUCUCAGGAGCGACUCAGACUACAAAAAAGCGAUCUACCUGA